AUGCUUGACAGCAAUGGCCGCCUGCCCCACAGCCUUCUUGACGCAGGUUAUGACAAGUACUCUGCGUACGACUUGGCGUGGCAGUCUCUCCACAUGGCGGCUGCUGCUGCCUGCAGAGGUAGCACAGCUUCAGGAGGAUCUGGUUCCUGGGAUAACCAAGUGAUGACCAGAAACACCGCUGACAAGAAGACAUGUGCUUGGAUUUGUGCCCAGACUGCUUUCCACAACUGUGACGCAGAGGUUUCUAUAUAUGGAAAGAAAGGCAAGGCCACACAGAACGGAAUGACCGUGGGCUGGUUUUACAACUACGGCUGUAACUAUGCAGCCAAUGGAGGAAGUGAGGCGUCUAGUUCUGACGAAACUGUCUGGAACAAAGGUUACAGUUAUUUCAGCUUCUGUUGCUGUCGAAAGUAAAAUCCAGAACAGUUUUGUUACCAGGGCGAUUAAAAUCAUUGUAGUAGGGACGUAGAGAAUAACUAUGUAUCGCCACUUAUUUCUGGUAAUGAUUGAAGCUCAAAAUAAAAGCUGUAACUUGAGAUAUACAACUGUUUCUGCUGUAUUUGUCCACUUGUACUGCAUUAACCCCCCACCCCACCCCUGUCCUCAAGAGAGAGGGAGAUGAAUUGGAAGGUAGAAACCUUGAAAGUGAGCUCUACGUGUUCAGUCAGGCUACUAAACAUUUCUUGGAUUCUUAAAAAGAAAUGGAAAGUUAUUUACCAUGUUUGUUAAUCAAAAUAUCUUGGCUCGAGCUUAUACAGACAAGAUUCUUAAGACCCUAUGCAUUCACAAAUAAACCUCUGUGGUUCGUUCGACGCCUCCUCGACAGAAAAAAAGAGGAGGGGGUAGGAGUAUUUCAAGCCUUUCUUAGUUCUCCUUCUCUAAUUUCCAAAGCACUCGUCUAAGGCUAUGACUACAAUACACGGGAAAGCUCUUGCCCCGGCGCGAAAACCAUACCGGAUAGUGCUUUUGUUAACACACGAGAACGGUGAUACUAGGGUGGUCUAUCUUGACUGGGGUGCUGAAAAUGGAUCGUCACAUAGGUUUUCAUACUCGGCCUGGAUAUUUUUCAUGUUGACACGUCAUUUUUAGCCUAAAGCAAUUUGCAGGGGUAAUGGUGUGUUCAUGUUGAUCACGUGAAAAAAAUGGUGGCAUCACAUGAUUGGUGGAAUUAAGUCGUCAUCUCGAAAAUUCCAUGAUCUUAAGUCGGUAGCCGUGAAGCUAGAAAAUUGCCAAACAUCUUUCAAAAGCGAUCAAGUCAUCAACAGUAAGAUGACAGUUUUAAAAAAUGAUCUCGAUAUGUAAUGGUUGGGCACCAAAAAUGAUUAGUUUGGUUAAAUCCUCCAUUUUAAAUGUACAAUAUGAAGGAAAAGCAACUUUCAAUGUUAGUAGUUCUUCCCUAAAAGCUGGCUUAUCCAAAAACAAUGGAUACUUCGAAAACUUAAAAAAAGUAGGCCUUAACAACAAGGACACUGAUACAUAUAAUAUCUAAAGUCACGAAGUAAAAUGAAUAUUGAUCAGCACAUGCUUUUCAAUUAAGGGCGUUAGGUUUGCCCCAAUUCAUUCUUCAUUCAUUUCAAUAACGUUUUUCGGUAGAGCUUUCUCUGGUGAAUUACCCCUGCCAGAAAUAGUUGGCAAAUUUGCAGAGAUAAAUUAUUUCAAGGAUCAACGUCAUUGACAUUAGCUCUAAAAAUAGGUCUUCGUUACAGAAUAGGUGCGGUUACACUAAACCUUUUUCCUGGAUAUUCCCUUGGGAGAACAUCUAGGGCUCACUCUGGAUUUUGAUCUCAUUUCAUGCUUGCAGUAAAACUGCCAAGGGGAAGAAUAUCAUCACCCCAUUACGUGGUAAACGUCCCUGUAAACAUGGAAGGCUGACAUAAAUCGUACAGUUUUGGUUCAUUCUUAUUCUUUUGAUAAAACCACCAUUUCUAGCAUUGUUGUCAAAAGUUAUUAAAGGCGUCGACUUCAGUCACGUGAUUUCUAAGUGUUGGCGCGUUUUCCUUUCAAUGCCUCCUGAUUGGCUGAGCCGCUUUGGACAUAUAAAUCCCCAGGGGUUACCUCUAAGGAUAAGAUAAGCAGUCAUAUAAGGCAAGAAUCCUGCGAGGGGACUCCUACACAUCCUCCCUUGCAACUGUAUUCGACACAAUCAAGGUUUUUCAUUAAACCUUCAAAUGUGUCCUACGUUAUUCCUCUUUGACAAAAUUUUAGGCCCAUUUUACGGCCUACACUUUACAGUAAAGGUUAAGCCCUUUAAGUGAACUGUAUAAAUUUCAAAUUGGGUAGCCCGCCUAAUUCUUUCAUAUUUUUGUCGAUUUAGGAAACCGGCGAUAAGUACAUACAUUUGAACUUGACUACUAGAGCGCAGGAAAGAUAAGCGCGCGCAAGACACAUGACGUCAAAAUGGACUUGAUUAUUUCUGAUCGCAACGUUUUUUCAUGCCUUACUUCGGUUGGUACAGAAAAAGAGAACAACUAAAGAAGACUUAAUGACAGCAUCCGAACACACAAAGACACCUAACCAUUUGGUAAGAAGCAUUUCACACGUGGACGUCACGGUAUUAUGCAUGCAUUUAAUAGGGCUGUUUAAGAUUAGACUUUUAAUUGCAUCUUACUUGCUUUGAAUUGGAUUUGUUUUGAAAAAUCCGAUAAUUGAUAAAUUCCUUAGCGCGUUAAUGCCAGGUGGGAGACGGCAGAGAUGGGGCGGAUAUCGUUUUUUUUCCCCUUUUUCUUAUUAGAAAAUCCGCUUUCAGUAGAUAUCUUAGACAUUUCUAUCUGAUGUAAUGAAUCCAUCCGGAGUAUCAAUUCCUUAGAUACACCGCGCAUUCUCCACUCACUAAAAAGUCUGAUUUUGAUUCGCAAAGAAAAACACCCUUACCAUAAUAUAUGACUUAGAAGCCUUUGUUAAAAAUGUACCAACCAGCUACUAACAUGGUACCGACACGUUAUUGACUGGUAACCGGCAAGCAGACCGACAACGUACCGACAAGUAAAAGACAGAACACAAAAUUGUUCCUUUCAUUUCAGUCGAUAGUCAGCCUAGUCAUGGAUUCAGAACGCCAGUUCCCAGAGUACACAGCGAGGAAAUGGAGUGUUAUGAGCAGCAUGUGUAUUACUACGAAAGCUCCUUUUAUUACAUAAAAGGUAAAGUAAGAGGCCAUUACGUGACGUUAAAGGGAUACAGGUGGGAAGAGAUGGACGAAGUUCAACAAGAGCAAUUCUCAAAAGAAGUCUCUGUGCUAAGGUAAAAGUUAGCCUGAUUUAGUACCGUUACGCACAUCGCCGCGGAGAUCACACACGGCACUUACGAAGAUAUCUCACUUCGUGACCUCUUUAAAAUCACUACAAAUAGUAUCAGUAUUUAUAAUGGCUUGGAAUGCUCCGAAAAAUCAUAGCAAGUACAACAGUCGUUCUCUAGCUGCGCGCAAAUUAGUAGGAAUAACCGUUACGCGCGAGGCGCGAGAUGGAUUUAUAGUUCUGGAGCCCCGCAUAGCACUCGGCUAAUUAAAGACUCCCUUCCUCGAUCAUUCAUUUGUUGCUAUCCAAAGCAACCGUUCUCUAAAGAACCCUCCUUUUCGGGAAGAUCAGUCCUAACAGAUUUAUGAUAAUGUCCGGAGGAAUGGAAUGAAACAUUUUUCUUUCUUUUUCAGCAACUUGCGGCAUCCAAAUAUCCUCCUUCUUAUGGCCGUGUAUACGGAUCCUUGUGCUAGAGCCUGUGGAACGUUGCUUCUUAAGAACGCUCCUUCUUGAGGACAAGACUGUCUUUGAUGAGGACACUGUUCUGCGUUUCAGCCGAGACGUAGCAUGCGCAGUGCAGUUUGUUUAUCAGCGAGGUAAUCACAACUGCAAUCUGGGAUCACCUAGUGUGGUAUUAACUGAGAACUUUGCAGCAAAGGUUCGUUUUCUAGAUUGCUCAUUGUCUGCGGGUUAAGCCAUCGCUCCUGCAAAUAAUUUCGGACUGGAUAUGUGACCCCUCGGAGUUCAAGUCCUUGGAAUUUAUCCUGGGUAAAUGGGUCACUCGCCUACCCCCGAACGUCGCUGGGAGAAACAUCUGUUCUUCCAUUUCUUCUUUCUUGGCGAAUCAUUUACAUGUGAAACAAGACGUUGGCUCGGCUAAAGCAGCCGGGUCACCCUUUUUCGAUUGUAGGGUCACCCUCCUAGCCGGACCAUUUUUUCUCCACAUAAACCUUUUGGCUCACCCAGCCAGGUCAACUCGGUCAAGGCGAGACAAUAAGAGCAUGCGCGAGCGCUUUUGGCAAGGGAAUGGGGUCAACUUUUUUUAUUCAUAUAAGCACUCCCUUACGUUUACUCGGCUGGGAGAAUGAGCCUCUCUCCCGAAACAAGUUUUCUCCAUAUAAACGGGGACUUUGAUAUCUUUUCUAAUCUUCCAUUAACCAUAUGGCUUGAAUGCAUUAAUUUUAAGGCAAGUUUUUGAGUAUAAACUGUUUCUCUAGAAGGCUAUUUCUUUUGAACUGCACGUCAAAAACCACAACUCCAACUUAAAUCUCGCCAGAUUUGCAACUUUGAAUUUGCAAAUCAGAGUACUCUGCGUACGACUUAGCGUGGCAGUCUCUCCACAUGGCGGCUGCUGCUGCCUGCAGAGGGAGCACUGCUUCGGGAGGAUCUGGUUCCAAGGAAAAUAAGGUGAUGACCAGAAACACCGCUGACAGGAAGACUUGUGCUCAGAUUUGUGCCCAGACCGCGUACCGCAACUGUGACGCUGAGGUUUCAAUCUACGGCAAUAAAGCAAGGCCACAAUGA